CCCAAACGCGUGCAAUUGUUUGUGAACACUUCGCAUCUUUUUGUGGCGUCGAUUUGCAUUUUAGCGCUUUUGCGGCCGAUUUUAUCAAGAAAAGCAGAACUCCAGGACUCAGCGAGGACAGCGGAUGACCGGCAAGAUGGACCGCCGUAAGAAGCGCACCUCCUCGGAGCAAUACCAAAUGUACAUCGACAUGAUGGAGAGCGACCCCAUUUUCGCGACCGGACGAGUGCCGCGCGAUUACGACCUGAACUAUCUGACCAAAAAGUGGAAGGAGCUCUCCGACCGGCUAAACAAGUGCAGUUCCGGACCCACGCUCACUCCGGAGGAGUGGCGCAAGCGCCUAAACGACUGGAAGAACACCACGCGCUGCAAGUACAGACGCAGCCUGCUGUCCACGGAGAAGGACAUCUCGAUGACCUCCGUGGAGACCCGAGCUCUGGAUCUCUUCGGCAAAGUGCCCAGCACCACUGGCGAAACGCUGCUGAACAUGAAGUCCGAAAAGGACGAGCACGACGACGACAUGGAGGAACUGGGCCAGCGCACUUCGGCGGCAUUUCAAAAGGAACUGCAGGCCGCCGUGGAGGAGGCCAUCAACGAGGAGGUAGACGAGGAGGAGAUGGUGGAGGAGCACGUCGACCACGAGGACAUGAUGGAGGAGAAUCUGGCCGAGGCCGGCAUCACGGCGUCCACCACUGCGGUCAACACAGGCGGCGGCACCUAUCGCACCAUCGUCGUGGACAACACAUCCUUCGAGCAAGUGGAGGACGACCACCAUACGGUGCAGCCUCACGCCGUGGAAUUCGUCACAUCCCGUAGGCCGGCUGCCGCAGUCAUCAAUCCGGGUACGGCCUCAUCCGGCAACAAGCUGAUCAAUGGCGAGCUGCCCGUCAAGCGUAUGCGGACGCAGCCCAGGGAGCAGAUCAUCUACGAAGUUAAAAAUGCGCCGCGAUGCAUUUCCAACAUGCAGGCAGUGCCGCCGCUGCACAGUACAAAACUAGAGCGGGAGCCGAGUUCGCUUGGCGCCGCAUUGAGCAGCAGCGAUGCUCUGCAGAUUGCGAAUCAGCUAAAGCGGCUGGCCGACAUCCAGUACGAGUCACUGCAGUUCGAGAUUGCGCGCUUUAAGUUCAACAACCCGGGCUUCCAGUACGACCCGCCGUCCUUAUAGUGCCCCCUUAUAGUGCAGCAGGUCGAGAUCAGUCGGUCUAAGCAAUCAGCAGAAACUCCAGCAGCAGCAGAAGCCACAGCGAAAGGAUCAGCGUUAGCGAAAGCAAUAGAUCGAGCCAAGCCAGCUCGAAUUGUAUAGAUCUUACUCAUGCUCGUCAGCAUUCGAUCGUUCUCUAGCUCUCCCAUCCUGCGCUCCGCCGGAACACACACAAAAUCGUAACUUAUAGUAGCCAGAUUAGUUUAAAAUUGACAUAGAUUUCUGUUUUGUAAACAUUAUUUUUCAAUUUUCAAGUAACUUCAAUUACGAUAUCCAUACGAAUAAGCCUAAUAUUGUAAUAUCUAAAGAAAUAAAAUUGGACAAGUAAUUUUAACGUGUUGUAUGUAAAUGUAAAGAAUAAAGUUUACCAAUGAUAAAUGUG